ACAGUGUAGUUUGCAAGCGGAGAGUGGAUGUGAGGUGUUUGCUGUUGAACUGUUGAAAUGAAACGCGUUUUCAACUAUUUAUGUGGUCGGGAUACCAUAAAGCAAUCAUUGCCACAAAAAAGGCAUUCUUAAGCUGUACCCCCCGAGUAUUUGUUGUGCUAACCUUCGAACUUGUUUUCCUUCAAGGUGAAAUCUGUUUAUGUGUUUACAUGAACUAUAAAAUGAUUUGUACUUUCAUCACCUCAGUUUCGCAAUAAGAGUGUGCUAUGUGUUUGUUUUGUGUAUGUUUGGAUUGUGCGUCUUGGAACAUGGCAAUAAAACGUACGUUUGCUUCUGCCCGAACUGUGUCGAAAAAGCGAACGGCGAAAUGUAAUCCACGAGCAGUGAAAAACAAUGACCAGCAGGACGAAUGCAUCUUGGAGUAGGGUUGUAGCUGUGUGAGUGGGAAAUCGCCCUUUUCUUAUUCGAAACAGACGGAGUUGAAUUCAUGGCUCACUAGUGACGAAGUGUUGUUUUGCCAAUCGAAUGCGACCUGCUGCAAACUGCGAAAACACUUAUUUAUAAUUCCGCUUACUAUUGGCACUGUUGCAGCGCGCAUAUGAUGUUAUAAACUUGUUCGUUCCCUGCAUCACCAUCAACAUGUUCGAUUCUCAGUGUACUUUUGGCGCGAUUGGACGAGCGAUUGCAACACUGCUGUGUUUGUAUGAAGGCAAAACAAUCAACUAUUGAACAAUGAAGGAAACAAUAAUCUUCCGACGGAUGGAUUGAAGAGUUAAGUUCGUUGUGAUUUCAUCGUGUGGUUUCGUUUUUUUUCUACGUCUGUGGCUUUUGACACCUGUCUGGUGGUCUGCCCGCAACCGGCAGGUCGGGUGCACGGCCUUCGGUGGUGGACAGAUAAGGUGCUACACAAACAAAUUCUCGUGCACAUAAGCAUGCACCCAUCGGUCAUGUACUGCCUUCGUGUUUCGUGUAGGGUCUUUGUCGGUUGUGUAGGGUACGACACUCCUUUUGAAAGCUAUAAAAUAGUGAUCCGCUGAUCCAAUUAAGUUAAGCCAAGGUUCGCCAACCAAACGCUAAACGAUCAAUCUUCCACAUGCAACUUUAAAUGAGAUAAAGAGAGAGCGAGAAAAAGAGAAGAAUAGAUAAAGAAAGAAAGAAACAAAAAAAACAAACAAACAAUCAAACAAGCAAAGCAACAAAGAAAGAGAGAAACAAAGAAAGAAAGAAAGAAAGAAAGAAAGAAAGAAAGAAAGAAAGAAAGAAAGAAAGAAAGAAAGGACCUCAACAGUACUUGGAAGUUGUACGGUGCCUUACCGGACAGGGGCCCAGUUGCCGCCGCCACUGACAACCAAGCAGCAAUGGACAACCGUUUCGUUUAAAUGACGGCCAAGGUCACAGCAACGACGGUUGCGGUCCGUUUGGUAGAAACGGAGGUCUGGUGGAAUACGUUCUAUUUGGAUUUGAAGUAAAAGUUGGCAGCCCCAUCAGAGAGUCCGUAGUUGUACCAGUCAGGCUACGUCUCACAACAUUUACUCCUAAAUGAAGUAUUGCCAAUGGAGUGGAUCUAGAGUACAUCAAGAGACAUCAAGCAGAUAUAGCAGUGAUGAUUGAACUACCUGCUAACCCAUCGAGUUCUAUCUCUGGCUACACUUCGAUCUCCCGUUCAAAUGUUUGAUGAUUCUAGAUAUUUGUUUAUAUCCAGCGGUCGGUGAGAUGUCGCCGUUUGUUGCGUAUUGUGGAAGACACCUACAGGCAGGUCUUCGACGGUAGCUUCUGCUAGCACGGGCGAGUUUUUUUGCAAAAAGACUACGUAAAGAACAUAUUGUGGCUCGUCCGUAGAUCGUCAUCCGUCUCGCUGCUCCAAUAAACCGGUUUCUAAGCGAAAGAAGUCAGUUCGAAAACUGAUAGAACAUCAACUUGAAUGCAAAACUUUAAGUAGGUGCUUAAUACGGCUUUGCCCGUUCUAAUAAUAAUAGAGAAAAAAACGUAACGUACGUAAAGAACUUUCCACAUUCAGAUAUUCAGAUCCAGGCCGGUAGCAAUCCCGCGGUGUGGAUACCCUUACGGCAAUCAGACACAAAAUAGCGGUAACCAGGAGAAGCCUAUCCAUUGCGUGCUGAACUAGAAAUCGGUUGCAGGAGGAACGGAACAGUAACGGAUCCUUUGGCGACACAAUACGGUACAUGGAUAGCAUCCAGCUCUACACAUACUUUUACUACUACGGCUACUACUUUUAAUAUAACUGUAUAGCAAUAACAAUGCUCAUUCUGACAUCUCGCUCGUACGCACAUUUUCUAUCGCAGGUAUACGAUUAAUUUUCAAUUCUGAGUUUAUAGUUGUGGGCAGUCUAAGAAAUUGUUAACGUUUUCCUUUCCUCUUGGGUUCCGAAUCACACGAAAACACAGCUGUUUGAGCAUUAGAUUUCCGCCAAUUUGAAAGUAUCAUUCCAGUUGCAGAAUGAAUGCUCGUUCGCAAACCUUUGACUUGCGAAUGGAAGGCCGGCAGGUGGAUGAGGCGGUAUCCAGCAUUUUCCACACGAUCCUGUUCCAUCGCAGCCUGGGGAAGUUUAUGUACACGGGCGAAGCGAUGUACUCGGUCGGUACAAUAGGUUACCAUGACGUCGAUUGCGACUUUAUCGACUUCACGUAUGUUUGCUGUACAUCACCCGCGCUCGAACAGACGUUGCGCCGUGAAAUCGGCAACUUCAGCCGGCAGCUACGUAGUAACGACAGCAGUGGCACGGGCCAGAUUUCGCUUGAAUUUUAUCAGCGUAAGAAAACACGUUGGCCGUUUACGACCGACUGCAUCCCAUGGGAGGUGUGGACGAUACGGCUUGAACUGAUCACGCUCACAAACGAAGAUGAUCGGCUUGUGUGCAGAGAGCGCGUUGGGGAUAUGCUCACCGACAAGAUUUUCUGUAUCAGUGAAAUCAUGAACCGGCACGAUUACGUGCCGAAGAUACCGAACCAGACCGAGCUGGACAUGGUGUUCGAUACGAACUACCCGGAUGUGCAGCCGUACCUUUUUCAGUUCAAGUUCAGCACCGCCAGUCCAACCGGUACCUUGGUUGGGAACACGAUGAAAAAGUUGAUUAAGGGAACAUUCUCUUUGUGACUAACACGUACGCAUGCUCUUAUGUUAGUGCGAACUUUUGUAGUGUUCGCGUGGACUAUUCUUUAUUAUGUAUCUGUUCCCGACCAUGCUUUUAAUGUUGUUUGUUAUUUGUUUCCGAAUCGCAAAAGAUUCUAUCGUUUUUAUGUUUGUUAGCAUGAGCAAAGUUAGUGAUGGACUAUGCUGGCCGCGGAAUUUCGGCUUAAUGCAUUCAGGUGCUGUUCGUAAGGUAUGUGCUACUUUUUGAUGCCGAUAGAACAUCGAGGCUAGUUGUUUCGUAAACACCAAAAAGAGAUUCUUUUUCAUUUGGAAAGAAAAUAAUUAUUUUAAGGGUUGUAUGGACAUUGUUCUUAACCGGUUUUACAACGAGACAUUUGACUGUAGUGUAUGAAGAGGAGUGACCGUCUAAUCUGACCCGGGUAUCAAGCAGCAUGCAGUGGAAUAACAAUGCUCGAGCGUGAUGCAAUUUAAAUAAAUUAGGAACAGCAACUUAUAACAUAAUUUAACAGUAUGAUGUCUCGAAGAUACACAAAACUGGCGGCGAGCUACUAGUAGCAAGUGAUAAGAUGAUGAAGACAAAACAAACACGCGCGACUGAUGAUGAUGAAACUGCAAGCGCUAUAUCCACAUCCCUGCAAUACAUGUAUAUAGACAAGCACACUGUUAUUUAUAAGAUGUAAAGAGAAUCGUUUGCGAAAACACAGCGUUUGUUUGGUAAUAGAAGAUAGGUGAUCACCAGCAUACCUAAUAAUGGAUGAAACAAAUGGGUUAGAUGCACAGUCAUACAAGUAAGGUUUCUGUUUGAUGAUUUAGUGUAGCCCCUUAUCCCGUGUUCGUGCUUAGUUUAAAGGAAAUUUUAAAGCAAAGGCUGUACCUCAAAUCUAUGGGGUUUCGUUUAUGUUUAAAAAAACCCUAUAUGUACUGGACGAAUGGAUGCUCUAGAUUCGCUGUAGAUAUAAGGACAUGUACAUGCAAAAGUAUCGUAGCGCCGAACAAAAAAUGUAUGGCUUCUCUUAAUGCUUAUAUGCGUGUGAAAAAUACGGGUUCCAAUCGCAAAACGUAUGCUUUGAAAAAAAUACAAGAGUACUUGAAGGAGAUUGCCUAAAAGACACACGAAACUCAAAACCCUUGCGUUACGCUUAACAAGAGAAAGGGAAGACACAGUAUACUUGAAAGAAGUUCAGUGUAUUUCAGAAAAUCGUGGUUCAUGUAAGGUCUUGUUUGGAGCUAAAAUGCUAGCAAAACAAAGCAAGCAUUAAAAGAACUUGUAUAAUAUCAGAGAUACAAAAUGCAGACCAUUUUCGUAUGCACACUUCACUGAGUUAAUAGUCGCGACAUAAACGGCCCAUGCUCUAUGUUGUAGACCGCUGGAUGUCACAUAGUGCAAGUCGUGCCGUGUCUUUCGAAUGUUAAGUAUGUAAAUAAUUUAUAAAAAUUAUUGUUACUGCGUGUACACCGUGUGUGCACCGUGUAACCGUGACCAACAGUUUCAUCAUGUCUGUGUUUUCAUAUUCCAGUGUAGCGUUGUGGUUUUAAUUUUUCAUUUCAAUCUAUAGGACUUAAGUGACAGAUUUACCAAAAAUGAGGAAUGCGAUAAAAUAACAAUUAUGUGCAAUAGUAAUUGUUUCAGCAUAUAUCGUUCAGAUAUUCACAUAAUGAGCAGAUCGUGGCAAAUAAAUCGAAAAAAGAAUUUUGGUUCGAUAAACGUAGGAUGGUGUACGAUAUGCUUUCGAAGAUUUUCAACCAAUAGAUAUCAAGUUUAUCGAUGACUGCAAUAAUGCUUUCAAAAUUGAAACAUUGUUGUUUGAAACGAUGUUUUCUAUUCUACUCUAACUAUGUAAGUAAGUAGGUUUGCGCUGGCAAUGUUUUAUUUUUAUCACGAGCUUCUGAAUUCAGGUUUGAAAUGAAACUGUUUUGCGAUGUUUUAUUUUCUAUUAGGAAUAAAAAAGUAUAAUAAACCCCGUUAUGAUCGCAUUUGCUCGUUCAAAAUAGAGAAUAUGUAAAGUGCGCCCUGAGGCUGCGUAAUGUAAGUUAAACAGAUAACGAAAUCACCUGCGUCCCACCUACACAAAAAAAACAAGAGCGUGCGUGUGGGCUUUAGAUACAUUGAGAUACAUGUAAAAUUGAAAUAUCGCAGCAAAAUAAAUAUCGAAACUGAUAACGUUAAAUAAUGCACAUAUGGCCAUAUAUAAUAUAAACGGCAUGUUAAAGAAGCUACCUGAUGAGUUUAACAUACGAAACGAAUGGGCAAGACAAAAAGACGUAACAACGUCAAUUUUGCUUUCCAACCGUGCUGCAGAAGCGUAAUGUGACCAAAAGAGUACGAACUGAAUUGAUAAGGCAGGGGAGAUACACUAGCAAAUAAGUGAAACCUAUAAAACCGCAAAAGUUACAACGAACCCGUUGCAGGUUACAGGAAGUGUCGGAUUUGGUUUUAAUGUUUUUCCUUUUUUAGGUUCUGACGAUUAAAAACUUCUUCUACUAAUUUCUCGUGGUUCCCCAAAAAUUAUUGUACUGAGUGAGUGUAAG